GAAUAGUUAUCCUUGAAAAAAGUUAUAAAACCCAUCCUUGACCUUCACCGUCCUUCCAGUCCUCUGGGAACGAGUUGUGGAGCUGCGUGUCUCGAUCUCGAUUGCGAUGCUGACGGUGAUGAUAGUAAUGAUGAUGAUGAUAACCAUGCCGUUACGGGUGACAGCCGCCGUCGGAGCAGAAGGGAGGAGCUUCGAAGCGCAGAGACGAGGGGAGUCCGUUGCGCGGACGGAGAGUGCGUGUGAUGACAUUGGCGAUAUGCAAGGAGAGAGGGAGCUGCAGGCAGACUCUUUGAGUGUUUUCGACAUCUGGAACAUGUUCAACACGACUCUUCUUCAGCCUCCCCGAGUGGUUUUGACCGCUAGUACAAUUUUCUACGGUAAUUCAUCCGGUUACGUUGAGUGUUCUCAACAUAUCACGAACAUGGUAUUUACCUCUCAGACGGGGGUGUUCUUCUACUCGCAGUGGGAUUACUGCGAGAAUGCUUCUGCCAGAACUUCGCUCAGUGAAGGUCAGUCUUUGCACAAGUGUGAUAUGCGAGGCCUUGGCAGCUCUGGGACCGCAGAGGCCAGCUGCUCCCUGCUCACUCUUCAGUGGACGUCGUAUAACCCGAACGGCACAUCGGUAAGGCAGCCCUACAACUCCACAUUCCCGUCUAAUAUUCGCUUUACGGCGCUCGAUCUGUCCCGGAGCGAGCGGUAUCUCGUUCUGCCAUUUGCGAAUGGCUUUUCGGGCGCAGGUCUGACAUUCAUCGACACGACGGUGGGUUCCAGAACCACCUAUAACGUCUCCGACCUGUUCUAUUAUAGCGGUGCAUUCAAUCCUAACCGCUCGACGUGGCAACAGAUGACUGCCUUCAGUACUCCGUCAUGGAUGGCGAGUCGCCCGAAACCUUUGUCAGCGACUUCCAAACAAGAGCAUGCCCUACGAGCAUUCCGGGAAGCCUCCACUUCAGUCAUCGAAGCUUUCGACAAGAUGGCAGCUACCUAUACGCUGCGGUGGCUGUUGAGGGAUGGGAUGGGAAUGGUUAAGUCCAGCAAGGAUCAGCUUUUUGGGGGCAAUCCACCAAUGGGUUGGCGGCUGAGGGAUGGGAAGGGAUUUGUCAUGUCUAGCAAGGAGCAGCUUGUUGGGGGACAAAAAUCCACUGAUGGCGGUUCAUUCAGACAUCCUGUGAAGUCCACGUCUCGCUUCUCGAUCGUCCUCUUACCUACGCUUCUUUGGCUCUCCAGUGGCGAAUCAGUAUCCUCCACCCUCCUUCCGUUCCCCUGGCGACGAGUUAUGGGGCUGCGUGUCUCGAGCUCGAUGACGAUGCUGACGGUGAUGAUAGGAUUGAUGUUGAUGAUGAUGGGCAUGCCGUUACGGGUGAUAGCGGCGGUCGGAGCAGAUAAUAUGUGCUGGACAGCGCAACAGAGAGGAGGGAAGUCCGUUGCGGGAGCGGAGAGUGCGUACAAUGAUGAAGUUGGCGAUAUGCAAGGACCAAGAGAGCUCCAGGCAGAGCCAUCAAGUGCUUUCUCCGUCAUAAGCACGACUCUUCUUGGAACUCCCCGUGUGGUUUUGACAACCACUCAGCUCUUUCGUCCAGCAGCCAAUGACAUUACGUGUUCUCGUUACAUUCAGGAUAUCGUAUUUAGCUCCCAGACGGGGGUGUUCUUCUAUUUGCAGAAGGAUUCCUGCUUCUAUGCUACUGCAGGAAAUGAAGCACAUAGAUGGUCGAUUCACAAGUGUGAUAUGCGGGGCAUUGCCAGCUCUGGGCCCGCUCCGGCCAUCUCCUCCUUGCUCACUGUAGAUUGGGGGGACGAUAACGGGAACGGCACACCGGUAAGUGACUUCCCAACCUCUAUACGGUAUUGGUUGUCUACGCUCGAUCUGUCGCGGAGCGAGCGCCAUCUCGUUCUGCCCUUAUCGAACAAAGGUCUGGCAUUCGUCAACACUGCGGAUGGUUCCAGAACCACGCACGGCAUCUCCUACUUCCUGGGUUACACGGGUGCGUUCAAUCCUAACCGCACUAUUUUCUAUGUGGGAGAUUAUAGCUGCCUUCAUUCCUCCGUCAUGGAUGGGGACUCGCCGGGGAGCUUUGUCGACAAUUUCCGUCGUAAAGCAUGCUAUACGGACUUUCACAGUGUUGUCUUCAAGCAUCGAAAUUUUCUCGAAGAUGGUAGCUACCUAUACGCUUUGGACAUACCUAAAACAACAUUGCUAGGUUUUGACCUCAUUCGUGGAGAGCUGGCUCAAGUAACCGCGAUCCCGCAGAUGCUGGGGUUGCGGGAUUCUGUGUUGACACAAGAUGGAUGCAGCUUGUUCGUCGUUGCAUAUGCUGGGAAGAUUAUCAUGCGGGUGGCUUUCGAUAAACCGAGAGGAAAGGUGGUCACCGUCGAGAACGUGACUACUUAUGCCUCAGAAUAUCACAGAAUGGAGACGGUUGCUCUGGACAAUGACGACAGUCACUUGUACGUGUCGACCUCGGAUGGCCAGCUGUUCCAAUUUCCAAUCAACAAGUCGGCUCUAGGCGAACGCGGCGGUGCAUUCCCAACAGCGGCCGCACCGACCGGAGCUACCUCAGCCUAUCCAUCGGCAUCCCCAGCAUCAUCAACAGAAUCCUCUCCAUCGUCACCGUUGCCAGAACCUUCGACAGAAUCAUCAUCAUCAUCACCAUCACCAUCACCACCGGCGGCGCAAUCAACCGGUGCCUCUCCAGCAGCCGGAGCAUCGUCUUCGGCAGGACACGAUGGGAGUAGUACAGGUGUCAGUGGUAGAUUGGCCGACACGCUGUCAAGUCCUUCGCCGGCAACCGUCCAAACCGCACCAAGGGGAGGUGUGAGCGUCGGCGUGCUGGCUGGCAGCCUUGUGGCAGCUUGUCUGGUCGCCGCUAUUCUUGGUGUCGCUUUAGUGCUCCUCGUUUCUCGAUCUAGAAAAUCAGCGAGGGCGGAAUCUGAGGGUAUGACUGCAAGGGUUCUGCUCUCGAAAACCCGGUAGAACGGCCUUCUGCUCUCGAGCGCCCGAUUUGAAGCUACAAGUUUCAUUA